UCCAAAUAGAUCAUACAUGCCAUCUGUAGGAGCUUCAGAUCCAAGAGAAAAGCCCAUCGGGGGUUUCGGCGCCUUGGCAACAGUGGGCAGACCCACAUUGCGGUAGAAAUGUAGCUGCAUAACAUUUAUCUUCGAUAUAACCUAGUUACGAGCAAUAAUGAUGUUCAAGAUGUUGUUGUAUGCUCUAUGGGUAACAUCGGCGGGAGCGCAAUCAGCAAAGGAUAUCAUCAUGGAUAUCGACAUCAUGGGCGGCAUUGAUGACGUUGGCGCUCUAGCAGUGGCCAACGUUUUCCACAACUGCGGCCUCGCCACAAUCCGUGGCAUCGCUAUAAACACUUCCUCAAAGUACGGCUCAUUAGCCACAAGUUGUAUCAAUACGUAUUUUGGCAAUGGCGAUAUUCCGAUUGCGGCUAUGAAGCCCUUGACAAAUGACACGUAUUUUGACCGCUAUACCUUCGUAAACGGGGAAUACGCUAGCAAAAUUGCUUAUAAUUACCCACGAGCAUUAGACGACGCGGGUCAUACUCCAGAUCCUGUACAGAUGUACCGACGUAUACUUGGCUCUGCAGAAGAUGGCAGUAUCACGGUUGUAUCUUUAGGAUAUUUCGAUAAUCUCGCAACCCUCAUCUCUUCGACUCCGGACGAAUUUUCACCCUUGGGAGGUCGCGAUCUUAUACGUCGCAAGGUGUCCGAGUUAGUAGUGAUGGGUGGCGAGUAUCCUACGUCAAAUACCAUACAUUUCACCUAUGAGUUCAACUUUGGUGGUAAAACUCCUCAAGCUACACAAGCGGUGGUCAAUUUCUGGCCGGGGCGCAUUACAUUCUCUGGUUAUACACCAGGCCUCAAUGUAAUCUCCGGGCCCUCUCCAGCUUUGGCACCUCCCAAAUCGCCCGUCUUGGCAGGCUAUGAGUGGUAUGUUGGCCGAGGUGGGGCGUCGACCUCUUCAUGGGACGGCUUGACGAUGUUAUACGCGGUCCUAUCGCUGGACGGCUUCUCCAAGAUUGGACACAAGAAUCUAUUCAAGUACCAAAACACGUACGGAUACAACCAUGUCAGCGACGAUGGCAGUAAUUCUUGGGUCAACGAUACCUCUAGGACAGAUCAGCACUGGAUUGGACUCGCCGACGGCGUGAGCAAUAAUAGUGUCGCACAAACCUUGAAUCAAUUUUACAUUAGGGGAGCGUCACAAAUCAGCUGUACCAUGUUGUGAGAACCGGGCGAGAUGAAGCAAAACAAAAGUCGAUAGCGAAUGUUUACUUCUAGUCAGGCAGGAGGGCAGUGGCACUAGCGAGCAGGCAUCGGCGACUGCUCCGUAUACAAAUAUACUUGAGACUCAUGAUGCAAACGAGGCACCAAGCUCUCAAUUGCAUAUCCGCAAUUCAAACCCAGCUCUAUAUAUCCAAUUACCUUUAUAAGCAAUGAUUCAGCGCAGCAUACUGCGGCCCAUUGUGGCCACU